CUAUAUCCUCAACUUCCUGCGGACGUCAGAGCUGACGCUGCCGUGCGACUUCAAGGAGACUGAGCUGCUCAGGAAGGAGGCUGACUUCUAUCAGAUCGAGCCCCUGAUUCAGUGCCUGAUAGACCCCAAACCCCUGCUUCCCUAUCCCACAGACCCCUACGAGGAGGUGGUGGAGCUGUCCAGCACCAGAAAGCUGUCAAAGUAUUCCAACCCGGUCAAAGUCUUAAUCACGCAGCUCACCAUCACCACCAACAUCCAUGCAAUGUUAGAGUCCAUCUCGUGCAGUUUCACAAAGUGGAACAAACACAUGAUGGAUACGAGAGACUACCAGGUGUCCUUCACCUUCGGACCAUGUGACCACCAACAGGAAGUCAUCCUGCGUGUCCACCUGCUCGACUUCAUCUCCAAAGCUGGUUUCACAAUACGCAACACAUAUGUUCAUCACAUGAGUGAACAGGCUAAUGCAGUUGAACAUCACUGGACGUUCUGCAGACGAGUUUGCCAAGUCGAAUACUGA